UUUCAUGCCCGCCGGCCCUCUGGAAUGCUCUGCAUCGCUAAUUUGGAGAGGAAUUUCCUGUUAAAGAUUAAUUCAGAUCUCUUGAGAUACCCGCUCUGAACUCUGGGUACAAGGUUCUGCCUGGCUGUGUUCGUGGUCAUGACGGCCCAGCCGUGAGGACGCUCGGGGCCAGCAUGGCCGAUCCCAGCGAAGGCCCCCGCACAGGGCCUGGUGAGGUGGCCGAUUCCCCCGGGGAUGAGAGUGGCACCGCCGGUGGGGAGGCCUUCCCCCUCUCUUCGCUGGCCAACCUGUUCGAAGGGGAGGAGGGGUCCCCCUUGCCCUCACCACCCGAUGCUGUUCGCCCGGCCGCUGCUGCGGGCACAGGCGAUGGGCGACCAAACCUGCGCAUGAAGUUCCAGGGCGCCUUCCGCAAGGGGGUGCCCAACCCCAUUGACCUGCUGGAGUCCACCCUGUACGAGUCCUCGGUGGUGCCCGGGCCCAAGAAAGCGCCCAUGGAUUCGCUCUUCGACUACGGCACCUACCGCCACCACCCUAGUGACAACAAGCGGUGGAGGAGGAAGGUCUUAGAGAAGCAGCCGCAGAGCCCCAAGGCUCCUGCGCCCCAGCCGCCCCCCAUCCUCAAAGUCUUCAACCGGCCCAUCCUCUUCGACAUCGUGUCCCGGGGCUCCACUGUCGACCUGGAUGGGCUGCUCCCCUACUUGCUGACCCACAAGAAGCGCCUGACUGACGAGGAGUUCCGGGAGCCUUCCACGGGGAAGACCUGCCUGCCCAAGGCCCUGCUGAACUUGAGCAACGGCCGAAACGACACCAUCCCCCUGCUGCUGGACAUCGCUGAGCGCACCGGCAACAUGCGCGAGUUCGUCAACUCGCCCUUCCGGGACAUCUACUACCGAGGCCAGACCGCCCUGCACAUCGCCAUCGAGCGCCGCUGCAAGCACUACGUGGAGCUCCUGGUGGCCCAGGGGGCCGACGUCCACGCCCAGGCGCGGGGGCGCUUCUUCCAGCCCAAGGACGAGGGGGGCUACUUCUGCACAGGUGAGCUGCCCCUGUCGCUGGCUGCCUGCACCAACCAGCCCCACAUCGUCAACUACCUGACGGAGAACCCCCACAAGAAGGCGGACAUGCGGCGGCAGGACUCCCGCGGCAACACGGUGCUGCACGCGCUGGUGGCCAUCGCCGACAACACCCGGGAGAACACCAAGUUCGUCACCAAGAUGUACGACCUCCUGCUGCUCAAGUGUGCCCGCCUCUUCCCCGACAGCAACCUGGAGGCCGUGCUCAACAAUGACGGCCUCUCGCCCCUCAUGAUGGCCGCCAAGACGGGCAAGAUCGGGAUCUUUCAGCACAUCAUCCGCCGGGAGGUGACGGAUGAGGACACCAGACACCUGUCCCGCAAGUUCAAGGACUGGGCCUACGGGCCCGUGUAUUCCUCGCUCUACGACCUCUCCUCCCUGGACACGUGUGGGGAAGAGGCCUCGGUGCUGGAGAUCCUGGUGUACAACAGCAAGAUUGAGAACCGCCACGAGAUGCUGGCCGUGGAGCCCAUCAACGAGCUGCUGCGGGACAAGUGGCGCAAGUUCGGGGCCGUCUCCUUCUACAUCAACGUGGUCUCCUACCUGUGCGCCAUGGUCAUCUUCACCCUGACCGCCUACUACCAGCCGCCCAGAGGCGGCUGGGGACCGCCGUACCCUUACCGCACCACCGUGGACUACCUGAGGCUGGCCGGGGAGGUCAUCACGCUCUUCACCGGGGUCCUGUUCUUUCUCACCAACAUCAAAGACUUGUUCAUGAAGAAAUGCCCUGGAGUGAACUCUCUCUUCAUCGACGGUUCCUUCCAGCUGCUCUACUUCAUCUACUCCGUGCUGGUGAUUGUCUCGGCGGCCCUCUACCUGGCCGGGAUCGAGGCGUACCUGGCGGUCAUGGUCUUCGCCUUGGUCCUGGGCUGGAUGAACGCCCUUUACUUCACGCGUGGGCUGAAGCUAACAGGGACUUACAGCAUCAUGAUCCAGAAGAUCCUCUUCAAAGACCUGUUCCGCUUCCUGCUGGUCUACUUGCUCUUCAUGAUCGGCUACGCGUCAGCCCUGGUGUCCCUGCUGAACCCGUGCGCCAACAUGAAGGAGUGCGGCGAGGACCACGCCAACUGCACGGCGCCCACGUACCCCUCGUGCCGCGACAGCGACACCUUCAGCACCUUCCUGCUGGACCUGUUCAAGCUGACCAUCGGCAUGGGCGACCUGGAGAUGCUGAGCAGCACCAAGUACCCCGCCGUGUUCAUCGUGCUGCUGGUCACCUACAUCAUCCUCACCUUCGUGCUGCUGCUCAACAUGCUCAUCGCCCUCAUGGGGGAGACGGUGGGCCAGGUCUCCAAGGAGAGCAAGCACAUCUGGAAGCUGCAGUGGGCCACCACCAUCCUGGACAUCGAGCGCUCGUUCCCCGUGUUCCUGAGGAAGGCCUUCCGCUCCGGCGAGAUGGUGACCGUGGGCAAGAGCUCGGACGGCACCCCGGACCGCAGGUGGUGCUUCAGGGUGGACGAGGUGAACUGGUCUCACUGGAACCAGAACUUGGGCAUCAUUAACGAGGACCCGGGCAAGAACGAGAGCUACCAGUACUACGGCUUCUCCCACACCAUGGGCCGCCUCCGGAGGGAUCGCUGGUCCUCCGUGGUGCCGCGAGUGGUGGAACUGAACAAAAACUCGAACCCAGAUGAGGUGGUGGUGCCUCUGGACCACAUGGGGAACCCCAGCUGCGACGGCCACCAGCAGAGCUACCCCCCCAAAUGGAGGACUGAUGACGCCCCCCUCUAGGGGCUGCAGGCAGGGGCAUGGUCUCCGGCCUGCAGCCACCCCCUUCCCCUCCACCCACCAUUUCCAGUCCACCUGCAUUUCCGCCACAUGUCCUGUUGACCCAGAGGUGAGGGCCAGGCAGACGCCAGGAUGGCCCUAGGACCCUCUGGCCCCAGACUCCUGCCCCAGCUCCCCACCCCUCCACCCUCCACACCCAGGCACAGGGCUCCUGGCCGCCUGUCUCACUCCCAUGGAGUCACAUAAGCCAAAGCCGGGCCUCCCGCCCACAGGGGCUCCCCAGUCCCUCCAUUAUUUAUUUGUUCUGCUCUCAGGAAAACAGCAUGACACCCCCACCCCCGCCCCCCAAUGGAACCUGGCAGAGGCCUCAGGACCCUGUUCCAGGUCCCAGGUGCACCGCGGGCCCAGCACCCACCCCAUCCUGCGUCCUGGGCUGCACACAGCACCGGGAGCUGCAGUGAGGGGCCUUGUAGGGAGUGGGGGGGAGGCCGGUCCGGGGCGGGGCCGCGCCUCUAUGCAUCUGUAGAGGGGCUGGGGUUUGCUGGUGCUCAAUAAAGGUUCGUUCACUGAUGGUGGAGGUGGUGGGGCGAUGGGGGGUGGUGACAGGCACAGGGUGGCAGGAGGGAGAUGGGAGCGCUAAGAAAUGCCUGUGGGGUGGGGGAGGUGGAGCCGAGGGCAGUUGCAAUGGCCCAGAUGGUGGUUAGGGUAAAGGUUGGGGGCCGGACAGGAGGUGGUGGUGGUGGCCUGAGAGAUGGGGUGAUUGGAGUGGUGAUGGGGAAGGUAGAGAAGGGAAUGGAGGAGAGAAAUGCUGGAGGGGAGUGUGAAGCUGUGUUGAUGGGGGAAUAAUGCUUCCUGGGAAGUAGUGAGUAUUGGGGUUCCGUUUGUGGGGAGGGUAAUGCUCACCAGAGGACAGAGGUCACACUGUGCUGGGAGCGGGGUGGGGGGAAGGAGAGCUGCAGGGAGGGCGGAGCAGAGGCGGAGGUGACAGCUCUGGCCAGGUGAGCCCUCUGUCAGAGGCAGGAGAGGAUGUGUGGCCUCAGGGAGGCCGUCAGAGGCGGCACUGGUGAGAGUGCUUGGGGCCUGGGGAGGGAUGGGCCCUGCCUCUCUCAGGGGCCCCAUCCCAGCAGGGCUGUGCACGUGAGUGAAGCUGAAGGCAGACCCGUUCCCCUGCCAAGGGCAGCCGUUCACCUGGGGUCACUCACCCUGCUCCUCAGGCCCCGGCCUGGGCAGCGCCACCUCCUGCGCCAGAGGCUCCCCCAGCACCCGUCCUGCCUCGUUCCAGGCAUCAGACCCGGUUCAGCCGCAUCCAGAGGAGGAAGGACAGGUGGCCUGUGUCUCCUUUCGUGAGGGAGGAAACUCCCCCCGGCCCCCCAGCUGACCCCCUCCUGUGUUAGCCAGGUUUGUGUCACGUGUCCCAUGCUCCAGCCAGCCAGCGGGCCGGGAGCAGCAGGCGGCCUAAGAAGCCCGGGAAGUAGGGAGAAGGUAGUUCCCCCAGCAGGUGGUUCUAUGGGAAAGGAGAAUGGAAGAGUCCACGUUACCUAGGCAACCAGUAGCGUUUGCUACAGUUGCCCACCCUACAUUCCAGCUGUCCAGUGGGGAGGGACCAUAUGGUCACCAAGAAUGGCCGUGGGUCCUUCUGGGAGGGUAUGGGAUGGGCCUGCCUACAGAUCAAAACACCCUCUCAGCUCAAAGGGACUCUCAGCUUACUGAGGCGUAUGCUCCAUUCAUUCAUUAAAGAAAAAUUGUAGGCUAUGAAUUUUCCUCUGAGUACGUUUUUAUCUAAACUCAGAAACUUUCUGUGCUGGCCGUUUAGCUCCAUUGGUUAGAGUGUCGUCCCAUAUGCCAAGGUUGUGGGUAUAUCCCCAGUCAGGGCAU